GGUUUAGGGUUUGAAUUGAGAAGACGAAGCAGAGUUCAAAAACAAGAAUUCGAAGGUUCCAAGCGCAGCUUCUUCCCGUUUCAUUCCUGUAAACGCUCUCCAAAUCAAACCGCUCUCGCUGAUUUGAAGCUCCUGGAUAAGAUUGAACGAUUUUUUCGCAAGCUGAGUGAGAGAGACUUGUUGAAAUGGAAAACGCAUGCAAGGAGCCAGAACCACGGUCCUCAUCAACAGGGAUUUUUGAGUUACCUGGAGAGCCUGCUGUUGUUAUCAAUGGAGUUCCUGAAGCAUCUCCAAGUUUCAAUGUUCCUGCUCUCUCUGAUGUCAAAAUAGGUUCAGAAUCACAUGAAGAUACAGGCUGUGGUGAAUGGUUAGAGGGGAGGAGAGUCCAAAAAUUGUUUGGAGAACAAUAUUAUACUGGUACCGUGACUGAGUUUGACAAAGAAACUGGCUGGUACAGGGUGGAAUAUGAUGAUGGUGAUUUGGAAGAUCUAGACUGGCGUGAGUUGGAACAGGUGCUUCUUCCUGUGGAUAUUAACGUUCCACUGAAAGGAUUGGCACUUAAGCUCAUCAAGAAGAGCCAGAAAACUGUUCACAAAUCUGGACAAAAAGUGGUUCGCUCUGGAAUUCAGGAGGCCAAACUUGCAGGGAGGAAGAUAAAGAAGAUUGAGUUAAAUGAAAAAGUUUAACUGAGAAAAAUUCUUAGAGCGUGGAAGAAGGGAAAAUCAAAUUACAUGCCACAUUAUGAAGAACAAAGAACCAAGGCGCGGAAAUGAAAUGCAUUUGGAAUUUGAGCAGGCUGUAUCUUUGGUAACUCAAAACUUCUCCAUCUUCGGUCUCCAUAUCAUCUUGUGCAAUCUGUUUCUGUUGUUGUUAACAGUAGUAUCAUCUAUCUCUGUAACUUUGUUAAGUCUAUUUUACCGCGUAAGGAAACAAUUUGCCAAUUUUUCACCCUUGUGCUGCAGCUUGCUCGAAACUCCCCUGGCUUCUUUAUCCUUCAUGCCAUGAACACUUGAAGAUAGAGAAUGAAAAAGAAGAACAAAAAAAAUCUAAUGGG